AUACUGAAAUGUCCUUCAAUCUUAUGAUAUUAAAUAUACCAUAUAGAAAGUUAAAACUAAAAAAUUACUAAAAAAAAAAUCAUUCUUUUUUGAAAUAGAAUAAAAAAGAAAGUAAUUCAUUGUUUUUUGAAGGGAGGGAGUCAUAUAAAACCACCGGCGACAACAACAGUGUCCGCUUUUUAGGACUAAUAACUAAUAAUCUCUUGAUGAAUUCUCCGGCGAGUCUCCGAUAUCUGGGCCCUACUAGUUCGAGCUUCAGGAAGCCUGAUUCCUUUGGUAGACGAUUAGUAUUCAAAGUUAAGUUGCCUUCGAACUGCAAAUUCUCGUCCAAUCGGAACUCGUUUGCUGCUAACAGUUUCUUCAGAAGGGAGUUUUCGGCUAGGAGGAGCUAUAGAAUUUGGGGAAUAGAAGCUUCUUCAAAUGAUUCUGUAUCAGUUGCUAGCGGAAGAAUAAAGACAGAAGAGAGCUUUGUGGAGUUCAUCACUUCGGAGAGAGUGAAAGUGGUGGCAAUGUUAGCAGUGUCUUUGUCUUUAUGUAACGCGGAUCGAGUUGUAAUGUCAGUUGCUAUAGUUCCCCUAUCUCUUUCUCAUGGUUGGCGUCAAUCUUUUGCUGGAGUUGUUCAGUCAUCAUUUCUCUGGGGAUAUCUGAUCUCGCCAAUAGCUGGGGGGACUCUGGUGGAUUACUAUGGAGGUAAGUUAGUCAUGGCAUGGGGUGUGGCUUUGUGGUCCCUGGCCACACUUCUAACUCCUUGGGCAGCAGAAGCAUCGUUAUGGGCGUUACUUGCCAUGAGGAUGCUGCUAGGGAUUGCAGAAGGGGUAGCUCUUCCUUGCAUGAAUAAUAUGAUUGCAAGAUGGUUUCCUCCUACUGAGCGCUCAAGGGCUGUAGGACUUGCCAUGGCUGGUUUUCAGCUUGGAAGUGCUAUUGGACUUACCCUUUCUCCUAUACUUAUGUCACAAGGUGGCUUAUUUGGACCAUUUGUGAUAUUUGGCUUUUCCGGAUUCCUAUGGGUUUUGGUGUGGGUUUCUGCUACCUCUAGUGCUCCUGAAUGCAAUUGGCAAAUAUCCAUUCAUGAGUUGAUGUAUGUACAGAACAAGGGGCAGAUACACACUAUAGCUGAGGGUAAAUCAAAAACAAGCAAAGGGAUCCCUCCUUUCAGGUGUUUACUCUCCAAACUACCGACAUGGUCUAUAAUUGUUGCAAAUGCCAUGCAUAGCUGGGGAUUCUUUGUUAUAUUAUCAUGGAUGCCCAUUUACUUCAAAACUAUAUAUCAUGUUGAUCUUAGACAAGCAGCAUGGUUUAGUGCUGUUCCGUGGUGUAUGAUGGCACUGACUGGUUAUUUUGCUGGGGUCCUGUCAGACAUGAUGAUCCAACGAGGCAUAAGUGUGACCCUAACCCGGAAAGUUAUGCAGUCAAUUGGGUUUUUCGGCCCUGGUUUUGCUCUCAUAGGUUUAACUAUGGCACCAACUCCAUCCAUAGCGUCUGCUUGGCUUACUUUAGCUGUAGGAUUGAAAGCAUUUAGUCAUUGUGGCUUCCUUGUGAACCUUCAGGAGAUUGCCCCACAGUAUUCUGGCGUUCUCCAUGGUCUAUCGAACACUGCUGGUACUUUUGCUGCAAUAAUUGGAACUGUUGGUGCUGGAUUCUUUGUUGAACUGGUGGGAUCUUUCAAGGGAUUUUUGCUGCUUACAGCAUCUUUGUAUUUUUCUGCUGCUGUCUUCUGGGAUGUAUUUUCUACCGGGGAGAGAAUAAAGUUUGAUGAUUCCACUUAGAUUGAUUUUUUGUCUUGUUUUAUUUUUCGGUGGUUUCUUUUCCUGUUCAUUUCAUUCCAAAAGGAUGGAUAAGUAUGUUGUUGCCUUGUAGUUUCUUUCUCAAACAAGGAAUGUAAGGACUGAUGUCCUAGUUCCCAAUUAUAAGAAGUGCCAAACGAUGUAAAAAUAAAUCGACUUCAGUGGCACUAGGGCAAUAUGAUAUGAGAUGAUGGUUAGUAUUACAGCAUCUAAGUAACCUUUUUGAUUC